AUGGACGUGGGAGCCGGAGACCAGGGCAUCAUGUUCGGCUAUGCCAGCGACGAGACUUCCGACUGCAUGCCGCUGACCCACUCCAUGGCCACCCGGCUCGGCAAGACCCUGACGGAGGUGCGCAAGAGCGGCGAGUGCUGGUGGCUGCGGCCAGACGGCAAGACGCAGGUGACCAUCGAGUACCUGCAGCACCCCGAUGGCGCCGUAGAGCCCAAGAAGAUCCACACGGUGGUGAUCUCCACGCAGCAUGCUGAGCCGUCCAAGGCCAAGCGCACUCAGGAGUGUGCUGGCUACAGCGGUGCUGAGAUGAUCGCUCCUAGCAUGGAGGAGAUGAACAAGGAGAUUGAGGAGAAGGUCAUCAAGCGAACCCUCCAGUCCAUCAAGCUGAAGAACGGCCAGCCCGCCAUCAGCUUGUACGGCAGCCACACGCACCUUCACAUCAACCCUUCCGGCAAGUUCAUCAUCGGCGGCCCUCAGGGUGAUGCCGGGCUGACAGGCCGCAAGAUCAUCAUCGAGGACACCUACGGAGGCUGGGGAGCCCACGGCGGCGGCGCCUUCUCCGGCAAGGACCCCACCAAGGUGGACCGAUCAGCGGCCUACAUUUGCCGGCAGAUGGCCAAGUCUGUGGUGAACAGUGGCUUGAGCGCGCGCUGCCUGGUGCAGCUGUCCUAUGCCAUCGGUGUGGCCAAGCCGUUGUCCUUGUUUGUGGAGACCUACGGCAGCGAGAAGGGCAGCCUCACCGUUGAUGACAUCACCAAGGUACUGAAGAUUGAAUUCGACUGCCGGCCCGGCGCCAUCGCGCAGUCCUUGGCCCUGCGCGAGCCCAAGUACCAGGAGACCGCUGCCUACUGCCACUUUGGCCGCGAGCCCUACACCAAGGAGGGCAUCAAGUUCUUCGAGUGGGAGAAUCCCAAGGACCUUUCGAAGUACAAGGGCAUGAGCACCACUCAGGUGGACGCUGCCUUGAAGGGCAGCACUUACCUCACGAAGUGGGUGGACUAA